AUGCCUUACAAUACGCGCCGCAAGUCGCUUUCUUUACCAAGUCUCGGCAUUCACGUUCCAAUGACACACGCUGCUCGCGCUGCUGCUGCUGCCUCAAGGCACGCUUCAAGAUCAUCUUCGUCUUCUAAUAGUGCCUCUUCUGCCUCAUCACUGCUCUCAUCAAGCUCAGAGGUCCCCGAAGCGCACCCUAGCAAGCGACAGAAGCGAUCGCAAGCCGACGACAUUGCCAUUGAGCAGACACCACCUCCUUCACCUACACCAGACUCGAGCCUCGAUUCACACGCAAGACAGUCCAAGAUCGACUUCGAUACGAUCAAGGACGACAUUGUUGAAGCAGUCAUUAUUCAAUUACAAUCUACCGGAAAUCGUCCUCAUCUGGUCAAGGAGCUGGCUACCGUUCUGGCUCAACGUCUUACCUCUGUGCAACACUCCGCCAACCCUUGUGCUAUCAUCUCUUCCAGGCUGGCUUCAUAUGCUAAGCGCUCAUGCUGGAGUGUUUCAAAACCAUGCCCUCUAGCUAAGGAGCUUGAAACCAUUCAUCCCCGAAGGACUUACUAUUUCCUUACCACCUGUCCUCGCCAGCCUAUCCCUGAGCCCAGCUCCAUCCUGUCCUCACAUAGCGCUCUGGACACUCCUUCAGUAUCGCUUACGGAUGAUUCUGGCUCUGACGAUGUUGAUUCUCGUAGACGAGAACUUAGCCCAUCACCCGAGGUUGACCUGUCGGACCACGGGUUCGAGGAAGGCGACGACGAAGUCAUGAUGCCCAUCACCCCCAUUGGAUCUCUUCCCUCUCAUCAUCGUUAUGUGCCAAACCGCCGCAACAGCCGUCACAACUCGCCGCCUCUGGAAAAGGAUGAGCGUGAGUUUACCCAAACGGCCGACUUCUUGCAGAAACGCAAGUUUGUCGAGGACACCCCUGCUGCUGAGACUGCCGAUCGCACCACCCACACCUCCGAGUAUGGAUACCGCGACGACUUCUGGUUCGGCGACCACCGCAUCUUCACCUCAAAUGCCAUGCUUACCAGCCCCUCGGUAAAGCCCAGUUCCAUAUCAAAUAUGACACCAGUUUUGCGCAAAGAGGAUGACUGUGAGAACUGGUUGAAGUUCAGCAAGCUUAUGGAAUGGGACCGAACUGCUGAGAGCAUCGAAAUUGACGAGCUGGAUGGCUUGCUUGAUGGAUGCUGA